UCAGUUACACUCUUGCGCUCGUGGCGAGUGGACUCAUUCGUCGUCGUCCUCGGGGCCUGGAAACCACCCACCCAAGGAGACUUUAAAGAUCUCGAAAAAGUGCUAAGGAUUAAGAAACAACUGACACAAACCCAAGCAUCAAUUAAGUUCAAGUGAAACCAGAAGGACUUCCCACAGUUUUGUUUUUAGUUAAGAGAAAAGUAUUUUCAAAAGUACGAGUGAAACAAGAUAAGAGGAAAGGAAUCCAACUUCUCUCCAAGGCAAUUCUUCCCAAAUUUCGAGUGAAUGAGUAAUCUGGAAUAUGUUGGACGUUAUUGUCUCUCCAAAGAUCUCUCACAUCGCAAGCAUGGCGCCACAGUCUAGCAGUGUCGCUCCGCCCGUGUUCUGCAGCGACGGAAAGGCCACGUCUUGCAAAAUGUGCUCAAAGUGUGGCCCCAUUGCAUCUGCAACUAAGCCUGCAACAUCCAAUGCCACAGCUUCGUCGAGAGUCACAGUUCCCUUGACGACGAGAGGGAAUGGGCGGCCCGUAGAAGAGACGUACCGAGUGGGGCCAGUCCUUGGCAAGGGCGGCUUCGGAACAGUCUACUCCGGAUGGAGAGUGAGGGAUGGAGCCCCCGUCGCCAUCAAACAAGUUGCCAAAGCCAAAAUCACAGCAUGGGAAAUGGUGGGGGGUCGGCGCGCCCCGAGAGAGGUGGCCCUGCUGCUGCGGGUGACCCACGUGCCCAACGUGGUCAAGCUCCUGGACUGGAUCGAGCGUGACGAUUCCUUCCUGCUGGUGUUCGAGCGGCCCGAGCCCUGCAAGGACCUCUUCGACUACAUCACGGAGCGCAAGGUCAUUCCGGAGGCGGAGGCGCGGUCGCUGUUCAAGCAGGUGGUGGACAUCGUGCGCGACUGCCACGCCGCCGGGGUCAUCCACCGGGACAUCAAGGACGAGAACCUGCUGGUGACGUACGACUCGAAGGGGCGGCCGGUGCUCAAGCUGAUCGACUUCGGGUCGGGCGCGCUGCUCUCCGACAAGACCUACACGGACUUCGACGGCACGCGCGUCUACUCGCCGCCCGAGUGGAUCCGCUACAACCAGUACGAGGGCGUGCCGGCCACCGUGUGGUCGCUGGGCAUCCUCCUCUACGACCUGGUGUGCGGCGACAUCCCGUUCGAGCACGACGAGCAGAUCGUGGCGGCGCGCGUGCACUUCCGCUCGGCGGUGAGCGAGGAGUGCCAGUACCUGGUGCGCUGGUGCCUGCGGGUGCGGCCCACGGAGCGGCCGUCGCUGGACAGCAUCCUGCAGCACCCGUGGCUGUCGCCCCCGCCGCCCCCGCGGAUCCGCCACCCCGACCAGGCGUCGCUCGACAAGUGCUCCACGUCGUCCCAGGAGUCGCUUUGAUGGCGGCCCCCGCUAGUGGUGCUGUAACCCGCACCUGCGCUCUCUCCCCCGCCCCCGCCCCCGCCCCCCGACGUGUCCUGACGGCGCCCCCUCCCGCCCCGCCCCGCGUGGGCGUGACGCUGGCGGCGGCAGCGGCCUCCUGCCCCUCGUGGCCGUUGAGGGCGCGCGGGGUCCCUCCCGCAUACCAAAGUGUGGGCUUGAGAAGCCCGCGUCUCAUCCUGGGGAUGUAAAAUGUAGGCGGCGCCGCUGUACAGUCACCUGCCGCCCACGGAGGUGUGUUGUUCCGGCCGGCGGUACUCAGGAUCUCCGGCCGUACGUAUGGUGCGGCCCGGCCCGGCCCGCCCUGGGCCGCAUCAUUUAUUUAUUGCCUGCAACCUCGCCAGGGGGCCUCCCCCUGCCCCUGACUCACUCGCUGUUGGCUCGCCCGCCCAGCGCCCCGCCGCGGCGUGGGCGUGCGGGCGGGGCGACAGGAGCUGCAGCGUGGUGGUGGCUGCAGUGUGGGCGGCGCCGCCCGCGCCCACGCGCCACCACGACCUCACUCUCGCAAUGCCAAACAAUGCAGUCUCGGCUUUCUUCUCACGAAUGAGCUUCAGGCUUGGAAACCAAAGGUUAUUAUGUUACAAGUCCAGACUUUUCCCUGUAAAAAUGUAAAGGACUUAAUUUAUUUUGGUGCUUGAACUAUCCAUAUGAGCUUGUACAUAUUGUAAAAAGUUCUCUCCCCGUGUACAGAUUUGAUCAUAAGCCAUUGCUCAAGUGUGUAAGUUCUGUAUGAUAUCAAAAAGUCAAGUUUAAUGAUGUGGAAAACGUAAAUGUUUGUAGUUCUAUUUGCUUGGACCCCGCUCCUUCGCGUGUCCGUUCCCCUCACGAAACAGCAUAUCCCAAAGAUUGUCAUAAAAUUUCUCAUCGGCCCUGGAAGAGUCUCCCCUCGAAUCCCUCGCCACUGCCACGACCGCAAAGAAAACGGGAACUGUUGCCGUUUCCUAUCCAUCCCUAAGAAUUAAAAAAAAAAAAAAAAAUCCUUUCCAUUUGCCAUCCGAUCAUCGUCAGAACAUUGGUGUAUAAAAUAAUCGCACAUUGAAUCAUAAUAAAGAAAUAUAUAUAUAUAUAGUUUGAGCAAUCUCUUGCUCAGACUGGCUCCAUGUUUGUCACUCAUAAACUUCCUAAAUCUAACUUAAUUUGUACAUUGCUUUAUUAAUUUAUUUAUUUAUUAUACAUUUUCUUGUGCAAGUUGUGUGCAGUGACGGCGGGUCUUGGGUUGAUCCAGGAAUUAGCCGAUUCUUAAAUGGAAUCUUUCUUAUUUUAAAGUUAUCUUUUCUCCUAAUGAUGAUAAUUUGUUCUCUUCAGCUCCAUAGAUGACCUAUUUCGAUUUAAAAAAUCUUAUUGUUAAUUCUGUAUUGGAGGACAUUUAUUGGCAUUAUUAUUGUAAUUUGUCUUGUUAUAUUGACACUUAUUUUUUUUUUUCCGAAACGUUCAAAGUUAAGUGAACAAAACAGAUUAUUUGACAGUUCGUCUCCUCUGUUCUGUUGUGUAUACGUGACGUCAUCACUCGCGUUGUUAAUCCGCAUGUGAACCAGAAAAACGGCUCGCAGGGUUGGGUUUGGGUGUUCCAAGAUGGCCGCCUCCCCGAGCCUGCGUUCGCCGAUGUUAUUUUUCGGUUUUUCGUCAUCAUUGCAUCUCCUGUUAUAGUUGUAUUCUUGUAGGUGGAUUUAAGAGCAGUGACAGAUUUCAAAGAAGAAACUUGGAUUAAUUUAUAUUUAUAUAUAUAUAUUUUUUUUUUCUCUGCUUUUUCUUUCUCCUCUUUUUUGGACCGUGUGUUGUAGCGUGUAACUUGUUUGUAGUCGAGUGUGUUCGUGUAUAACAUUAAAACUAUUUGCAUAUAUUAUGUUUCGCCUCCGGGUAAUUCUCACAUUUUUUUUUUUUUUUUUUUUUUUUUUUUAUUUUUACUCUCACUUUUAUAUAUGUAUGUUUUUGUGUACUUUUUAAAAAAAAUGUUUCGUUCCGACUAUUUCGAUGUCAAGUUUUGAUGGCCUAAGAUAUCUCCCCACCCCUUCCCCCCUCCUCCCUCACCCCCCCUCUCUCGCCCUCCCGCUCACUCCUUUUUUUAUAUUGAUAUAUUGUGGAUGCAACAUUUUUGACACCGUUGUAUGUUAGAUCUUCAUUGUGAAUGUUUUAUUUUUAUUUUUUUCUAAGUCAAAAGAGUUAGGAGUGAAUUUGAUUUUGUUGCUUUUUGUCGUAAAAAUUCCCUCUUUUGAAAGUUUAGAAAGUUUCACGUAUUUGUAUAAAGGGGUGUAUGGUUCUUUUUAUUUAAGGAGGGAAUUAAAUAGGAUAUUUAUUCUUUUUUUUUUGUAGUAUCUGUGCCCGUCUCCUCCCCCCCCCCUUCCCCCCCUUUCAUUUUGUAGGACAGUGAGCUUUUUUUUUUUCUUUUUUUUUCUUUUUUUUAGAUGACAAAUUAAGGGCUUUUGCAAUAAGGAAAUUUUGCUGUAAUUGUGUCAAAGACGAAUCCUUUUUUUAAAGACCCAAUUCAUUUUUUUCGACAUAUAAGUUUUGUACAGAUUUUCUUGAUGGUAUUAAACCCACCCAGUCAAAGACAAAAACAAAAAACAAAAAAAAAAAGAAAAAAAAGUUUUUUUUUAUUUAUUUUUUUUUAUAUCUCUGAACAUAUUGUGCUUUGUUGUCAUUAUUUCCAAAGUGAAUAUAUCUAUAUAUAAAUAUAUUAAAAAAAAAGACCGAAAACUUCAUGUUGUAAAAUUGUGAGAGUUAAAAAGGUAACAGAAAAAGAGAGAGAGAGAGAAAACAGAAAAGAAAAAAAAAAAGUGGAGAAUGAUCACUUUGUGUCUUUUUUUUGUGUUUGUUUACAGACUUUUUGUAAAAAAAAAAUGUAAAAAAUAAUAAUUAUAAAUAACAGACUUGUAUAGGUAUUGUCACCCUCACAGAGAGAGAAAGAGAGCGUGAAUGAAAGGAAGAGAGAGAGAGAGAGAGAGAGAGAGAGAGAGAGAGAGAGAGAGAGAGAGAGAGAGAGAGAGAGAGAGAGAGAGAGAGUGGCCUCUUUACCCAUGUGAAUAUUUCCUUGUAUCCAAAAAAUGUUUUGGCCACGAAAAAGAAAAUGUUGCUUCGGAAGUAACUGUUAUUUUGUAAGAGUCUAUCUGGCCACGCCGAGUGCCUGGGAACGAAAAUGAAAACAAAAAUUUGAACCACCCAAGAAUAAUAAUAAUAAUAACAAUAAUAAUAAUAAUGAUUAUAAUAAUAAUAAUAAUAAUAAUAAUAAUAAUAAUAAAAAGAUCUAUUUUAUAAUUCCUAUGAUUUUUUUUUUUUUUUUUAGAUACUCUCAGUAUUUGAAAAUUCAUCUGGAAUAAUGAAAUUUAUGUAAUGAAUUUUUAAAGAAGGAAAAAAAACAAAAAUUGAAUGCAUUUUCGUCCAGUGACUCGGCGUGGUUUCUAGCUAGGCCCGAUUUGAGGUAGCUAAUGGUGGCAUCUGGGAAAUCAUUACCUUUUUGUGUUGAAUGAUAAAGACGUAUUUUUGUAAAUAAAUAAAUCGAAAAGAGACUUGGAA